GGCCGCCACCUCGGCCAUGCUCAUCAUGCAGUCGCUGUGCGACUCGCUCCCCAAAGGGUCCAAGGUCCUCGUCCUCAACGCGCACACCGGCGUCGGCUACCUCUGCCUCCAGCUCGCGCACCACUACCGCCCGGGCGUCGCCGGAUCCCGCGACCUGUGGAUGGUCGCCCAGUGCUCGAUGAGCGUCUCGGACGGCGAGACGACCCUGCGCGAGGCGGGCGCGACGGACGUCCUGCGCGAGGAGCCGCUCGCGGCCAUCAACGGGCUCCACGAGGGCUCGUUCGACGUCGUCAUCGACACGAUGGGCGGUCGCAGGCUCUACGACGCCUCGCGCCGCAUCCUGCACAACUCGGGCCGGUUCAUCACGACGGUCGGCGACGAGCUCGGCGAGUCGGACUACAACGCGUCGCUGCGCUCGCUUCGUCGCGCGUUCGUUCGCAAGGACAAGAAGCAGAUCUCGUACUGGCGGGUCGACGCCGAUGGCGACAGCCGCGAGGCCGUCCGCGACACGCUCGACAAGGUGCGCGACGUCGUCGAUGCCGGCGCGCUCAAGCCUCGGGUCGAGAGUGUCCUGCCCAUGAGCGAGGCGAGGAGGACGUUCGACGAGCGCGAGGCAGAGCUCGAGGGCGUCGUCGUGCGCGUGCGCGAGGUCUGAGGAGGCGGCCGAGACUCUACUUUACCCACCCUAAUCCGUGACUUCUGUCGCGCGCAUCCUCGUCCAUAGCUUGUCGUACAACACCCGUUCGUCCCCCUCGUCCUUCCUUCUCCCUGUUUGUAUCGCUCGGCAACGCGCACUCGAUUUAUCUCUU